AUGAUACCAUUAUACCACAAAUUAGAAAAGAAGAUGGAACUCUCACUACUACUGUUGACGAAAAAAAGACAUGAAAUAUGGAAGGCACUUCUACCUGAAAUUGAUCAUGGUCUUGAUAGAGAGUUUGAAAUUGAUGACGAUUCUCGAUGGCCAAAAUUAGAGUUUGAUGAAGUUGACUCUGCAUUGGCUGAUACCCCAAAUGAUAAAGCUCCAGGAGACGAUGGAAUUACUGGCAAAGUUUUAAAGAUGGCAUGGCUGAAUAAAGACUUUAAGGAAAGGUUUUUCAAGCUUCUCCAAGCUUGUGUGAAGUUUGGAUACCACCCAAAAGUCUGGAGACAUGGCAUUAUUGUUGUUAUACCUAAACCUAAGAAACCUGACUAUUCAAAGCCAAGAGCAUACCGACCAAUUUCCUUACUUAAGAUUCCAUCUAAAGUACUGGAAAAAAUUAUACAAAAAAGAAUGACCAAGCUUACAACACACUCACUUCCACCAGAGCAAUAUGGGGGAAGACAAGGUUAUUGUGCUACUGAUGCUGUUUUGGAACUUGUCCAAAGAAUUGAAACUAGUAAAGAAAAAAUUUCAGCUAUGCUCAUUGAUAUUCAAGGAGCUUUUGAUAAUGUUAACAGAAAUAUAUUGGCACACACAAUGGAGGAUAUGAAACUACCCAAAGCACUUAUAAACUGGACGUACCAAUUUGUAAGUGAAAGAGAAGCUAAAUGGGGUGGAACUCCUUUUGGCUUUAUUGAUGAUGUGACUAUUACCGUUGAAGAUGAAAAAGUGCAACUUACUUUACCUAAUGGAGAACUUCGUGAACCCCAGAAGGAAGUUAAAUUGCUUGGAAUUACUUUGAACAAUCUGCUUGAUUUUAAAUCUCAUAUUUUGAAUAAAAUCAAUAAAGCAAGAAAAGCUGUUGGUGCUAUUUGGCAUCUUGGAGGCGUGCAAAAAGGUAUGCGAGGGUCUGCAGUCAGAUCACUGUAUAUUGCUUGCGUGAGACCAAUUGUUGAAUAUGGCUUAGAAAUUUGGCAUCAUAAAAUCUUGAAAGGAGAAAUCCACAAGUUGGAAGUAAUGCAGAAUAUGGCUUUAAGAAGAAUUGUUGGUGCUUAUCGCACAACUCCUAUUGCGGUAUUACAAAAGGAAGCUGGUAUAAUGCCAUAUAGUAUUAGGCUAAAAUUUAUGGUGGCACGAAAAGCUAUUCGUUUACACCUAAAUAUUAGCAAAACUAAUCCUAUUAAUGGUCAUUUGUUAACAUUGAUUGAGAAAUCUCCAAUUGCAAAGCUAACCACGCUUUACAUAUUGGCGAAAGAUGAUAGAAACUACAUGAUUAAAAAGGAUGAAAAACGAAAAUGCAAGAGGGUUGAACCUCUUACACUGAAACAACAACAGAAUCAGACGAUUGGAAUUUUGAAGAAACAAGCAAUAGAAGAAUGGCAGGAAAUGUAUUGGAACAGCAGUAAGGAUCUGUGGUAUCAUAAUAUCACAGUGGAGUCGAAAUGUACUGAUAAUCUUUCCAAAAUGGUUACGGGAGUGAUCAUGAAGAAAGAUAGUCGAAGGAUCUUGAGUAAUAUUACUCAGUUUCGCACAGGCCAUGGCAACUUUGGCGCAUGGUUUAAAAAGUUUGGAAUUGAAAAGGAUAGUUACAACUGCAAAUGUGGAGAGCUGGAAACAGUUCAUCACAUUUUAGUUGAGUGUCCUUUGCUUGAAGAGGAAAGAAAAGGACUGAAACGGAUAUUUCCAGAGAUGGACAUGUCGACUCUCUUAAACAGUUUAACUGGCUUACAAGAGAUUGUAAGCUUUAUCUCUGCUUGGAGGGAUUAA